AUGGUAUAUUUGAAAGAUUUUGAAGAGUUUUAUGACAAGUCUGAAACAUUAUUUAGAGAAGAUCCUGCAAAGACAAGAUAUGUUUUCAAGUUUAGAAAAGUAGAUGCAAAUGUAGUUUUAAAAGUGACCAAUGAUAAAGUUAUAUAUAAAUAUUUGACAGAUAAAGAUAGUGACUUUGCGAAUCUAGAUAGGAUGAAUGGUUUAAUCUUACAAGUAACAACAACUCAAUAA